AUGCCUGAAACGGAAUAUGAAUUUAUUAGCAAAGAAUGGUUGCAAUCGGAAUUGCGUACCGUUUCCGGUUCCUCUUCGUUGCGCGAUGCCAAAGAUUUAAUAAUAUUAGAUUGUCGCAGCUCCAAUGAAUUUAGCGAGUGCCAUAUACGUUCUGCUGUUAAUUUCUCCAUACCCAGCAUCAUGCUGAGACGUUUGGCGGCGGGUAAAAUUGAUCUUCUAUCCACCAUCAAAUCGCCCGAUCUAAAGGAACGCAUACAAAAUGGCUAUAAAGUCAGUUUGUUUGUGCUAUAUAAUGAGGUGGGCCAUGGUGGUGGUAGUGGUGGUUUAACUGCAGCAAAUAAUGAUACUUCCUCUGCUCCUUCCUUAUUACUGUCUUCACAACAAUCCUCCUCCCUGGAUGUUUUGGGCUCUGCUUUGGGUAGUCCUGAUUCCACCAUUAAUGUUUUACACAAACGUUUGAAACAAGAUGGUUGUCGUGUUGUGGCUCUUCAAGAUACAUUGGGUUUUAAAUAUCACACUCUUGCAUUUAUGCAACACCUACAAGAACAAGUUAUUACCUUUGUACAAAGAAAGGUUCCCGGUGGCAUGUUGAUUACGGGUGGCAUGUUGGCAUUUUAUCGCACAGUACCAGCUGUUGUUUUAUGGCAAUUUAUCAAUCAGUCUUUUAAUGCUGUUGUCAAUUAUACAAAUCGUAACGCUAAUUCACCAACGUCCGUAACACAGUUGGGAGUGGCCUAUGUUUCGGCCACUACCUCGGCUCUAGUAGCGGCCAUUGGUUGUAAGAAUUAUUGGAGUAAGAGAGCUUCGCCUAUAUUUCAGAGAUUUGUGCCUUUUGCUGCAGUGGCUGCUGCUAAUUGUGUUAAUAUUCCUUUAAUGCGUCAAAAUGAAAUUAUCAAUGGUAUAGAGGUUAAAGAUGAAAAUGGCAAUAAUGUUGGUAAAAGUCGCGUUGCCGCUGUUAAAGGCAUUAGUCAAGUAGUUUUUUCACGUAUUGUUAUGGCUGCUCCGGGUAUGUUAGUUUUACCCUUUAUUAUGGAACGUGUCGAGAAACUGCCUGUAUAUAGAAGAGUUAAAUGGCUGAAUGCACCCUUCCAAACAGCUUUAGUGGGAUGUUUCUUACUCUUUAUGGUGCCAACAGCGUGUGCUUUGUUCCCACAAACAUGUUCUUUAAGCACUUCCACCAUGCAGCGCUUCGAACCUGAACUCUAUGAGGAAAUGAAACAGACCACUAAUGGUAAUAUACCCUCCAAAGUAUACUUCAACAAGGGUUUGUAAAUUAUACCCACAAAACUUCGAAUAAAAUCCUAAUAACAAAGACAAUAUUAAACUAGUCUAAAAAGAAUAAGGCUACGAAAACCUAUUAAAGGUUUACAUUACAGUUAAAAGCAUUUACUUUGGAAAUGUUCCACGUUUUUUUAAAUAGACUUUUAGUUUUAUAAAGGCUUAAAAUAAUUAAAAAACUGUGUGUGUGUGUUAAUUUUUAGUUAAUUAGUGUGACACAGUAUUCUAUAUGUUUUUCAAAAUUAUUUUGUUGUUUUCACGAAUUGGCAUCGAGUUUUCUUAAGAAUGAAUUACAUGCGUAUAAAAGUGUUCAAUAUCAUUUUUUUUUUAAACAAUAAAGUUUAUUACUUUGAUAA